GAAACUGUCCGGCUGUGUGAGUUUCAUUGUGAAGAAGUGCGACAGAAGCUUUAUAAUCAGUUACUGGUGAACUCAGCAGAGCAUUUGUUAUUUGAUGGAAGCAUCCAGCCUGGAAUAGACCGACUUCUAAACACAUACUGACUACAUCAAUGGCUGACUACGGACAUCCUCUGGGUAGCAGCCAAUCAGUGAGUACUCUGGAUAAAUCAGUGCUCAUCUCUGCUGUUAAACCCACACACUCCCGUAAUGGCAGCACAGGAUCUCCACGCCACUCACGACAGAACUCCAGGGAUUGGGAAGUAAUAUCAGAUGCAGAAUGUUCUGCAUCUGUCGCAGGAGCGAGUAUGGCCAAUAACACUGUUCCAGGCAUUUGUGAGGGAUUCCUCAUGAAAAAGCGCAAGUAUCCUCUCCAGGGCUGGCAUAAGAGAUAUUUUGUAUUGGAUAAGGGGACUCUCAGAUAUUCAAAGACUCAACAGGAUAUUGUCAGAGGCAAGGUUCACGGUGCUUUAGAUGUUAGUCUUGCGGUCAUGUCUGUGAACAGGAAAUCUAAGCGCAUCGAUCUUGAUGCUGGCCACAGCUUGUACCAUGUUAAGGCAAAGAGUGACGAUAUCUUCUACAUCUGGCUGACCAAACUGACUGCCCAUCGGCAUUUCAAGAAAAGCGAGGCUAUAAACCUGCACCACGGGGUCCUUCAAGCCCUCUCGACAGGAACCAGCAGCACUUUGCCUGCCAUGGCGAGUCUUGCACAGAGAAACCGAGUGAUGGUGCCACAUUAUCAGAGCUCAGUAUCAUUGGUUGGGUCAGAGAUGCAGGGUUCCCCAUCAGCCUCUUCAUCUCAAGGAAAUACUAAAGUAUCUGAUUGGCUCAAACAGACACAGGAAGCUGACGUGUGCCAGCAAGAACUUGCCAGGUGUCAGCUGGAUUUAGCUGAGCUCUCGAGUUUAAUCCAGAAACUUCACUGGCAUGAGGGUGGUCUUCCCAUCACAAACACGGACCUUGAACAUCGAAUCAGCAUGCAGAAUCUUAGUCUUGAGAAACCCAAAAAGAAGUCUGGAAAGAUCUGGGGUCACUCACGAACGCUGUCAAGAGUCGAAUCGCUUGGCUUUUUUUCUUCGAGCCACUUGGGCACAUCAACUGGCUUGGCUGCUUCCCUUCAGUCCAUCCCAGAUUACGUUUACUCCCAGCUGUCCACGCCUGCGGUCUCCUCACCAGAAGGAAAGCAACUGCAGUUAGACAUCUGUGCCUUGUGUGACAAAGUACAUUCGUCUUUAAAAUCCAUCCAUGAAUCCCUAGCUGUAGAGCGUGAGCGUGUCAGACAGGCUUGGGCCGGACCUGACCUUCGGCAGUCAACCUCAGAUCAGUUGGCCACAUUGUGCACGACCCUCUCAGAGCUUGAGCUGCAGUCACGUUUAACCAGAGUUCACUCUGUAUCACUGUCAUCUGAUUCCUCAGACGAGUCCUACUGUACUGUGCGCCAGGAUCAGGACACCCCCUCUCAGGACCGUAAGCUGUAUCGUACACCUUCAGUAGCAGACUCUACAGUAGAGUAUUUUGAUGCCAGUGAGGUGGUUUGUGAGAAUUUGUCUGAAAAUGAAACAUCUGAUGAAUCUGGAUUGAGUGAUGUCACCACAAGCAACUCUGAACCAGAGGAAGGCCACAAUAACAGCCAUAUCGGAAUCCUCUCCAUCCUGUACAACAACAUCGGGAAGGAUUUGUCACGGGUCUCCAUGCCAGUGGCUCUCAAUGAACCGCUUAGUUUAUUACAGCGUGUCAGUGAAGAGCUGGAAUAUUCUGAACUCCUGGAUAUUGCCAACCACACAGAUGACCCUUUCGAAAGAAUGGUUUAUGUGGCUGUGUUCUCUAUUUCAGGCUAUGCCUGGGCCAGCUGGCGUAAUCGUUACAAACCCUUUAACCCUGUUCUAGGGGAAACGUAUGAGAAUGUGCGGGAGGACCAUGGUUUCAGUUAUAUCGCAGAGCAGGUCAGUCAUCACCCACCUCUGUCUGCCUGCCAUGCAGAGUCUGAUAACUUCAGCUUUUGGCAAGACCAGAGAUGGAAGAAUAAGUUCUGGGGAAAGUCAGUGGAAAUCGUUUCAACUGGAAUGGUUAAUGUCACUCUGCCAAACUACGGUGAUCAUUAUGAGUGGAAUAAGGCAGUCACUUGCAUCCACAAUGUGUUCAGUCAGCAAAGAUCGCUCGAGCACUACGGUGACGUCGUCAUUCGUAACCUCAACAACGAUGAGUGCACCUGCAAGAUCACAUUUGUCAAAUCGCGUUACUGGGGUGACGAUAGCAACAAGAAUGAAGUGCAGGGCACCGUCCUUGACCGCGCUGGCAGAGUGCUUCACCGCUUUGGGGGAUCAUGGCAUGAAGGCAUCUUCUGUGAUACACUUCCCAACCCACAAUGCAUUUGGAAGCCCAAUCCUCAACCAGAUGAUUACUUUGACUACUAUGGCUUCUCCCAGUAUGCCAGAGAGCUCAAUGACCUGACGCCUGACAUAAAGGAUAAGUUGCCCCCGACAGACACUCGUUUCCGUCCAGACCAAAGGCUUCUUGAAAAGGGCAAAGUGGAAGAAGCUGAUAAACGCAAGGAUGAAAUAGAGGAGAAACAACGUGAAAGACGUAAGGCAAUGACCAAGAGGGGUGAAGAGCAUGUUCCACGUUUCUUUGUAAAAACCUUAGAUCACGCUGGAAGAGAGGCGUGGGUGACAAAUGGAAUUUACUGGAAGAUUCGAGAAAAUCCAGGAUUUGCCAGCACUGAAAAUCUGGAUUUGUGGUGUUGAUGGAAUUGAAGUCCUGCGAUUUAUGAUAUCCCAGUAUUCUGUUCGCGAAACUCGUGAAUUUUGGCAUGUCAGUAUGGUUAGUGUAUGUAUAUAAUUAUAUUUUAUAUAACGGUUGUGAAUUUUAGUAUAAACCAUAGACUUAAAAGGCAAUGUAGGAAUGGAGUUUCGGUGCUUUUUAAUCUAAAUUGUGAUAUUCCUAAAGCCAUACCACCCUAAUUUUUAGUGAUUAACACACACACACCUAUUUUUAAAUCAUCAAAAAUACUCUCCAUAUUAUGUGUAAUGAAUAGAUGUCUUAAAAAUAUUUUUCCCCCUUUUUUUUUAAAGUAUUUUUUUAUUGAAAGAUAAGGUCUAAUGUCAGGGACUUUGAUAUACAUAAUAGAAUUUAGUACAGAAUGUUUCCCAUUUUAAUAGACCUGUAUGUGUAAAUUAUGCAUGUCUAUACUGUUUGCUGUAAGUUAUGCUUUUUACCAGAUGGAUUUAAUUAUUUCUGCUAGAAAAUCUUGCAUGAUCUCGCUGUAUAAAAUACUUUGUGCAAAUUAAUAUAAUUAAAAUGACAUGUUUCUUUUUGGAUUUUCAACCAAAUCUACUGAAAAUAUUUUGGUGAAAAGUGUAGUUGGGUUAUGUGCAAUUUCUUGUAUGAAUGCAUUUCCAAUCAGAUGAGCCUUGAAUA